AGCGUAUCCGCACUCACAGCGUGCACACCAAUCGCUUGCGGGAUUGGGUCGCAUAUCGUUUUCUGGGCCUCGGUCGGUUCUGUAUAGCCCAACAGCCCAACCGCCCGACAGCACAUCCAGGUGCCUUCGAAUCCGGGCUUCAAAGCCUCGAGCGUGUCGAGCCUCAUUGCGGUGCCCCACUACCGUCUUUCUGCGACAACGAUGGCUCUAUUCAGCAGACCCCUGCCCGUAGAUAUAGUAGCAAUGAUCGUCGAUUACUUUGAGGGAGACAGGGAAGCCCUCUGCAACAUGUCUCUCGUGGCGAAGGCGUGGGUGUACCCUGCGCGCGUCUACCUCUUCCGCCUGAUGUGGAUACUGAUCUCGCAAGAACACGACGGCCUCGCCGAGUUUCGCCACUUCCUCGACACACCACGCGGCCAGCGGCAUGCCGGCCACAUCGUCGGUCUCUGUGUACGCGGCGUCGAGCCCGGUGAUGAGAGUUGCUGGGAGCCCACAGUCGACCUCUUCGCGCUCGGAGAAGUCGUAGGCCAGCUUUCUAAGCUUGAGAACUUCGAGGCCGACCGCGUGCGCUUCUCCGGAGUGCCCUUGCAUGGACCUCUGCCUCCCAUCGCGCCAAAAGUUCUCGAUCUCUCGUUCGCACGCAUGACUACCUGGGUGUACGACGACCUCAAAGACUGCUUAGACGUCCUGCACCUCUUCCCCAACGUCAAGCAAAUCAUGACGGACGACCUCUUGCGCCCCGUGAAAGAGACCGGGGUAAGGUACGAUGGCAUGCUGCCCACGAAGUAUCGCAAGUUCGAGCACUUGCGUCUUGAAGAUCUCCACCACUUGGCCUAUGGACCCGCCUCCCCUCUGCUACAUUACAUGCUCCACUCUAUGGAUCUUCGCAACUUUACUACUCUAUCGCUUUUUCAUCUGAGUUUAGAGGAGAUUCCCUACCUCGGGGAGUUCGUGCAUGCCGUGAAGGAUACUCUGCGCUACCUCUACUUCAAAACCACCAACAUUCAAUUUAUUCUGGACGAGGAACGUGAGUGCAUUCCAUCGUCUUAUCCGGAAAAUAUUGACCGCUUUGCCGUCUAAUAGCGAAUCCCCAGGACAUCUGGGCAGAGCUCAAGCUCGGCGAGUGCACAGCGCUCGAGACACUUGCCAUCUACGUAAACAUCGACUUUUGCCCAUACAAGCCGCGCCCGCCCUUCGAGCUGCACCCCUUCUGGGAGUACGUUGAGAUCAUCUUCGAGGACCUGCCUUCGUGCCUGCGCCACGUGGAGCUCGCGCUCGAGGACCGCGAAGAGCCAGAGUGGAUCGAGGAAGUCCUGUGCGACGUCAAGUGGAAGCACAUCCAGCGCAUGCUCAACAAGCUUCCCAGCCUCGAGAAAGUCACGUUCCAUGCCUACCAACCGUACCUUGUCUACAACCACCUCAUCCAGAACUAUAAGUGCCCGCUUGAGGACUGGAUACAAGACAUCAUCCGCGGGAAUCUUCCUAUACUGGAGAGGAGGAACCUUCUCGAUUUCCUGGGGCCUUGUCCGAGUCGCAACGCGCCGCCCACGCCAUAGUACACCCGGAACAUCCUGCUUCUGCUUUUCGGGCCCUUUCCGCCUCACGAUUGCCAUGCACAGUCGUGAUGUCGUGCAUGCGCACCUCUCCGACGCUUAAUUCCGGCAUCGCUUCCCGGUCACCAUUCGCAUCGUAUCUUGCGAAGCUCUCUCGGACCGCUUGGAUAUGACAAUGCAGGAGGUGAGGCCUGUGAGGUACCACUCAUGUAUAUCAUCCCGUAUGCCCGCUCUUCCUUUUUGAUAA